AUGACUGGAGAAUCACAAUAAGUUUUAAGAAUUUUAGAUGAAUUUUCAAUUAAUUAUUAUUAAUAAAAUUAAUAAACAUUUUUGUCAUCUAAUUCUGCUUAUACAUUUACAUGUGCUUUGAUUAUGUUAUAAUCAGACUUACAUAGUAGUAAAAAUGAAAAAAAGAUGCUACCUGAAGAAUUUAUUAAAUAAGUAAGAGGAGUUAAUGAAGGUUAAGAUAUUUCUAAUGAAUAUGUUCUUGAUUGUUAUUAUAAUAUAUAAAGUAAUGAGAUUAAAGAGUGUAGAAGCUUUCAUAUAUCAACUGAAUGCACUAUCAUAAUUUGGAAAUAUAUGAUAUUGAACUAUUAAAUGUUUAGUAAAUUUGAUUUUUUGGAUGACGAAUUAUCAUUAAUAGAGUAAGAUGAAAAGCUUAAAAGAGAAAUAGCUGAAAAGGCACUUUUAGAAAUGAUUUUAAAAAAUAUAUUUGAGAAUAUAGACUUUAUUAUUUUUAAAUUUAAAGAAACCGAAGAAGAAGAGGAAAAUAUGUAAAUUAUAUUGGAAUCUUUAAUAAAUUUAUGUAUAUCUAAUGAUAAAAUUGAUUAUGUUGAUAAAAUAUUUAAAAAUGUUAGAUGA